AUGGAUAGCAUAAUGGGGUCACGAUCUAGCACUAAUAAGAAGCGACAGAAUGGGGUGCUAUCUACUUCCUUUGUAUCAACAAGAAAGUUACAGUCUGAUGAAGGCGUCACAGCCGUCUCCUCUACCCCACUCCAAACCAGGAAACGGAAUAAUACUAUCGUUGGUAUAAAGCAGGAAAUGAGAGCUUUAGAGUCCGAACUAAACAAACUAAAAUUACGAAAAGCUGAAGCGGAGAGAAUAAAAUUAUCAACUUCAAAUAAUGAUAUUUACCAAGGAACUUACUCCACAGAACACUUACAAAGGCAUUCAUUGAGACUUAAGGCUAGUACGCAGUUGAGAGCAAUAUCCAAGAGCAUUAAGGAUUUAGAGGAAAGUUUGACUGGGUUAAAGACGCGCGCUGAAGCAAUAUUUGGGCCCAAUAGUUCGAAUUCAGGUAAUAUUCAUGAAGAAAUUGAUGAAUUCCAAGAGAUACAGCUGCAUAAAAAGCGAUCUGACCUUGAAACACCUAAAUCUCAUUCUAAUGUUGAUUUAGGAAGCGUUUUAGAGGCCGAGAAGAGUGUAGAAGGGUCAUCUAUGGGCAAGCAGAAUGAAUUGAAUAAUGAUAUAUCAGAAAUUGCUGAUGACUACCUACAUUACUCGUAUUUUACCGAUGAAGAGGCGCAUUUUACAGAUAACACGCUUCAAGACUUUGAUUCUGGUGUUGAUGAAGAUGAUGAUUUUGUGAUGAACAGCCAGGUUGUACAACCCAAAAGCAAAGCGAAAGAAAUUGCAACUGCUACUUGGCAUUUUAGUAAUUAUUUACAGAGUUUGCAGGAUCCAAACGCAUCUAGGAGGUUUAUUUUGACGAAGGCAAACAAUUUAGUUGUGCUUUUGAGCCGAAACCCGGAAAUUAAGCAUGAUAUGGUAUUUUCGGCGUUUUCAAAUACUAUUCUUAAUUUAUUAUUUGCAGAAGACAGUCUAGUUGUAUCUGCAGGAUACAGGAUAUGCAGAUACCUGAUUACUGACGCACAGUUUGUUCAACAUUUGGUGAAGAUAAAAAUUGAUACUUUUCUUGUGAUUUCAUUAUCUGGUCAUAAUGCGCAUGAUGUAGAAAGAGAACAGGCGAUAAAAUUGGUGCGAGAGUUUGUUACUUACGGCGUUGGGAUUAAUCAGGCAAUUAUUCAAGCUGUUAUAAGCUGUGUUGAAAAGGCAGACGACAAACUUCGGAACAUUUGCAUUGAAACCUUGGUUGAGAUUGCCAUAUUGGCACCUCAACUUCUUCAACAAUGCAAUGGCUUUCGUGUCUUAGAAAAUUUAUUGCAUGACCAAAAUAUAAAGAUCUCGCUGUUAGUUUUGGACACAUUUUUGAGCAUGAUGAAUAACAAAGAUCAACAAAUGUACGUUGAGGAAUACUGCAAUGUAAGUUCCAUUUUAUCUGUUUUGUCGGAUUGGCAUUCAAAGUCGACACUUAACGUGGAAAAGUUACAAAAUAGUAUGUACAUGAUGGCGAGGUUAUUCAAGAAUUACAAUGGGUUAAUAAUACUUUCAAAGAAUGGAUUUAAACCUUUAAAGGACCUAAUAUCGUUUUUACAAACACCAUUUGUCGCACGGUAUGUGCUGGAUUUAAUUAUGGACAUAAUUCGCAUAAAACCGCUUAAUUACACUGAGAAAAACUCAUACGGAUCAAACUACUUUGCUUCCCACUUCCCUAAUGAUUCAUUAGCCACCAAUCAGUAUGUGGUUUUGGUUGUAAAAAUGCUUUGCGAAGCUAAACUAGUAGACGCCUUAUCAUCAAUGUUACUUGAAAGUCGGACACUGGAAGAAGGAGGCGCAUCAAGAAACAAUAUUUUAUUCUCGAAAGCUCGCCAUACAUUAUCGGAAUUUUUAAGCAUUGCAAUUAAUAUAGACAGCUGGAAAAACACUUAUUUCAAGGCAAUACACCGUAGUUUAAAUCCUUCCAAGAUAACUGAGGCGUUCCUGAUAGAGAAAAUUAAUUCAAAGCUUAACAAAUAUAGAACAACACUUGGAAUACCGUACGGCAAUGCUCAAGAAUCGAUACUAACUUUCAGUAAGUCAUUUACUAAAUCUACCUUAUUGACAGAUGUAGAUGAAUCAAACUUUAAGAAAAUGGUUUAUGAUACGAGGGUUCUACAGACUAAGGAUUUUUCUCAGUGGAACUGGGAGAUACUGAGUGAUCUGUGUGAAGGCCCUUUGCGUAACCCAAAAAGGUUGGAUGAAUUGGCUCGUAGCACAAAAUUUGUAAGAAGGUUACUAAUUUUCUACAGGCCAUUUCGGUACAGGUAUUCAAUUGUUAACAACGCGGCACCUAAUGCAAAGCAGUACACGUCUGUUGGCAUACUUUUCUUUUCCAUGUUAUUAUCACAUAAUGAAGGUUUGAAAAUUCUUUCGGAUGACAAUAAGAUUAUUCCUCAGGUAGCAAGUUCAUUGUACAAGUCAAUGAUAGGCCAGGAACUGAAUGCAAAUAUAUUUACUCACCAUGCAUUGAAGACAACCGCCUGUGCCGGUUAUUUCUCUAUAAUUGGGGUUCUGAUGAAAAAUAGGGACGGUGUCAGUAUUUUGGAAAGGUGGAACGUUUUUACGGUAAUUUAUAUGAUGUUUCAACCGAAUGUAUUAGCGGAAGAAUAUCUACUACUAAUACUUCCAGAAUUGGAUUUGAAAUAUAGUGUUCAUUGUAGAAUUAUACUAAGGAAGGCAUUGACUGAUGCCAGGGAAUCUAUUAGAGUUUCAGCAACGAGGAUACUAGAAGAUAUGAUAAAUGAUUGUGACGGUUCCGACCGUGAUUUAGAAGAAUUCAUGCUCAACUUGUUGGUACAGCAACUUUAUGAUUUAUCUGCCGCAGUUGUCGCUAUAGCUGAUAGAAUACUAUAUGACUAUUGCGCGGGCAAAAACUUUUCCCAGGGUCUAAAACCGGCUGUUGCUGCUUGCUUGGACCAGUUAGUAUUUAUUGGCUCUCCUAUCCUAUUUGAUCUCCUUACGAGUACAACAGGUUUCAAAUUGCUGAACGGUAUUCAUUAUGUCGAAGAAGAAAGGGCACAAUGGAUCCGUUACAAGAACCGCGAAUAUGUUAAUAAAGUGGAAGAAUUUCUAGAAUUCGAGUUACACAACAUGAAAAUGUUGCAUGAUUUUCCAUCUUCGAGCACUUCUCGUACAUUACCAUUGCACUUUUAUGAAUGCUUGGCUAAAACAGAGGAAGGUAUUAACUUAAUUGAAAAGAACGGGGACUUUUUAAUGUUUUCGUCUACAAUUAAAAAGUAUAUUGAAAUUGAUGCCGAAACCCCAGAGGAAAUCAUUGAUUUUAAGAGUAGUUUAUGGUGUUGUGGUUUCAUCGGGUCUACAGAACUAGGCAUAAAGUUCUUGGACGCUUAUAAUGUUGUCAAUGAUUUCGUAGAGAUAAGCAUGAAAAAUCAAAACCCAAGCAUUAGAUUCAGCGCAUUUUACACUCUCGGUUUGAUUAGUAGAACACAGGAAGGGUCGGAGCUCCUUGACGAGUUGGACUGGGAUUGUCACGUAGAUGUAAGAGGGUAUCCAACAGGGAUAUGUACCCCAAGAAACAUAGUUUUAUUCUUAUCAUAUCCCGCUGAACAGCAGAAUGAAGAAGAAAAAGAACGACUGGCGGAGGAAAAUUUAAGGUCUCUCAAUGAGUUCCCUCCUCUUGAAAUUUCACAGCAGCGGUUCAUUGAACAACGUGAACAACUUGAAAAGGAUAUACUGGCCGAUAAUGAAGAGUUUGAAGCUAUGAUGAGUGCCAAGGCAAAGGAAUUGGAAGCAUUGCGUGCCACGGAUUGUGAGGUAACUCAAUUUGCUGAUGAUCCAGUUUCUGCUAGGAUCAUAAAGCUAGUGGGAAAAUUAGGAAACUAUAUUUUGGCCAAUAAUGCCAUGAAAGAAUUGACAGAUCUCAAGUCGAAUUAUGGAGCUGCCAAAUUUGAAAACAUGGAAAUGUUCUACGCAGUAUUUAACCUGAUGGCGGAAUAUCGUUUUAAACCUAGUAUACGAAAAUUCCUAUGUGAUAUGUUCAUACAUAAAAAGGCCUUCGAAAACUUCACCAGGCGUGAUAAGAGGAGACGAAGAUGA